CCCCACUCACUCGGCAAUCAGGCGCGCGCACAUCCACACGCCUUCCUCCUCCACCACCGCCGCGUCGCCGCCGACGGCGAGCCAUGUCCACCGAACUCACCUCCCCACCACAACCGCCGGAAUUGAUCCGCGGGAACCUCAUCCCUGUGCUCCCCGACGACUUGGCCGUAUACUGCAUAGCCCUCCUGCCGCGCGCUGCGCACCCAUCCCUCGCCCUCGUCUCCCGAGCUUUCCACGCCCUCCUGUGCCGCCACCCAGAGCCCCUCCUCGCCGCGCGCCGCGCCCUCCGUCUCUCCGACUCCCACAUCCUCCUCUCCCUCCGGGCGCCCUCCUCCGCGUCCCUCCUCUUCUUCCUCUUGCUCCCGCAUCCCGGGUGGCCCCCUCUUCCCCUUCCCUCCCCACCCGUCCCCGUCUCGUCCUCCUCGUCGGUCGCCACCGACGGGAGCCGGCUCUUCCUAGUCGGCGGAUCCGUCGCCGGGGUCCCUGCUUCGUCUGUGCAAAUAUUGGACCCCCGGGCCAGAUCCUGGUCCAUCGGCCCGCGUCUGUCCUCUACGCGGGAGUUCGCCGCGGCCGUCGCGCACUCCGGUGUACUGUUCGUCGCCGGCGGGUGCGUUCCCUCGUCCCCCUUCUGGGCCGAGGCUCUCGACCUCUCCGCACCGAACGCGAAAUGGAAAACUGUCGCCAGCCCGGUCCACCUCCGUGAGAAGUGGAUGCACGGCUGCGCGUCUCUAGCCGGGAAGGUCCUUGCGGUGGGGGACCGCGGCGGCUUAGCCUACGAUCCGGCGGCGCCACCUGCGGAGGCGUGGGCGCCGGUCUCGCCGGUGCUUGACAUGGGGUGGAAGGGCCGUGCUGCCGUGGUUGGCGCAAUCCUGUAUUCUUACGAUUACUUGGGGCAGGUCAAAGGCUAUGAUCCGGACACUGAUUCGUGGAGCACAGUGGAGGGGUUGGAGAGGGAGCUGCCAAGGUUCUUGUGCGGCGCCACACUUGCCAAUGUUGGAGGAUUGCUAUACUUGGUUUGGGAAGGGAAAUGGAAAGAAAAAGGAAAAGGAAAAGUUAAGGAGGAAGUGAGUAGCAUGGUGGUGAUUGAAUGGGCCGGCAUUGAGGUUACAAGGGUGGAAGAGGGGCGGCUAAGAGGAAAAGUGGUCUCUAGGGACACUGCUCUAUUCCCGGACAUGCCAAGAGGGUCAACGAUCACGCAUUGUAUUGCGUUGGAGUUGUGAUACAGUAGCUGCAGGUGUAAAGCAGGUAAUAGGCAUACUUUGAGAAGUCUUAGCAAUGGUUUUUCUUCGUGUUGUAAGCUCCUUGCUUGCGUAAUUCAACAAAUUAAGUAACUGGCAAUUGUUAUGUUCCACUAGUUUGUACUCCGAGGCAUAGUAGGUGGUGUCACCUGUGAUUAAUGUUUCUAGUAGUGGUAUGAUAUGAACUGUUCCUUUUUUACAAGGAUUAGAUUAGAGUUCAGUAGAUUGCUAAGCGAUAAGUUGUAUAAUAUUUAUAUACUGGACUUAUGAUGUUUAUGUUUGCAACUAUGCUGUCAUUGUUUAUUCAGCAUCAUUGAGCAAGAAAAAACAAUCAAACUAUAUUUCUGCUUGAUUUCUUGGAUGACUGGAUCACAGAGCCAUAGAUGAACCUAUUUAUCUUCCCUUGCACUAAAUUUGCAGAGUCUCCUGCAAAAUUAGCAUAGACCAGUACUUUUAAAGUUCUAAUUUCUUCACUCAGCUGCACUGCAGCCUGCAUGCUAGAAGUUAGCUAGUUCUUUGGCCACUGGCACGUCCUUCAUGCAUUUCUGAACCAGCUGAUUCAGCCACUUGUAUCUUGACUGACCCCCAGGACUCCACCCCAGCAUCAGGAAGUAGCGCCCAAAUCCAGUUUACUGCAUUAGGUUCCACCAGUGAUUCAGAUGGUUUGGGCCAUACUUCUAUUGGCUUUUCAGACUUGCUGGGUAGCUCUACUUCAAAGCUACUUCUCCCCCAGGAACAUAAUCUUAAGUGAUUGUUUUAUUUGAACAAGUUUACUGCAAUGCUCCUACAGUGUUUACAUCCAAGUUGCUUUAUGCUAAUGAGUUUAUAUUGUUGGACCAUUGCAACAUUGUAAAUGUUUCAGUUAGUUGGAUUAGAUAGAUCUUCAGUUAAUCAGUUGAUGCUGGUUAUGUUGGUACACUUGUGGCAUGGUUAUAUUUGACCGAUAUCACCCCAUAGAAGGUGGAAUUCUAGCAUGAUUGUGAGACUAAUUAUAGUUGUAUAGCAUCAACUCUGUUACUGUUAGCGGCCACACUUCUUGUUAGUGGCUGUAGACAAAAGUAGUGUAGUGUAUGAGGCCUUUUGGUCAGCACAGAUAAUGUUCCAAGGCCUGCCUAUUUUGUGCCCCAAUGUCAGUACUAGCUAUGUCAGAUUAUUCUCUUCUCAUGAUUCAUCCUUGCGCAGAAAAUGACAGAAUUAUGAAAAUAUCACCAAAUGACACAUAUUCCUGUAGCAUUGAAUUAGCUUAUCUUAGCAACUCCUGGGGACCUGAAUGAUCAUACUGAAGAUGUAGGUAUUGUAUGUAAGUAGUUCAAAAGUGAUCUCUGUAUCAAUUUUCUGCACAUGUAAGACUUUCCGUUUUGAUAUUGCCAUACUGGUGAAUGGCGAAAACUUUUCGCUUGCAGGGAGUAAAUAAUGCCUGAACCUUGCUGAGAGAAUGAUGGCAGGUGGCAGCUGUUCAUGACACACUCGAGAUCGUGGACCUUGAGGGGGCUCUGCACACUGGGAGUCUCGGAGCGUUCUCUCUCUCUCAGGUCCUCGAAGUUUGAUGGUGAAGAAACUGGCGGAAGAUCACAAAACAAAUGCUUCACCGCUGCUGUUUCCAUGGUGCACUGUGAGCCUUCGACUGAUGCCCAUUGCCCUCCAAUUGUUCAUUGUUUUGCUUCAUGUUUUUUCGCAAUGCACAUAAACUAAGGAAAUUGUAACUUGAGAUGAAUCGAAAUAAAGCGCACAUUGUCAGGAUGUGACUUUUGGUUUAAAA